AUGUCUACCACUACUAAUAAUAACGAUAAUAAAAAUAUUAAGAAAGAUAUUAAAGAAAAUAAGGAAGAUAUUAAAAAAAAUAAGGAAAACAAUAAAGAAGACAAGGAAAAAGAUAAAGACAAGGAAAACAUUAAAGAAAAUAUCAAAGAAAAUAGCCGAAAUGAAUUGAAGAAUGAUGAUAAGCAAAUCAUAUUAUUAAUAAUAUUAAUAAUUUUUCGAAUAUUUAAUGCCCUUAUAACAAAUACUUAUUUUAAUGCUGACGAGUAUUGGCAAUCAGUUGAAGUUUCGCAUUAUAUGUGUUUAGAGUUAUUUAAAGUUGAUAAUACAGAUUUAUUUGUAAUUAUAUGUUUAAUAUUAACAAAUUUACCAUUAGCUUAUUAUGCAAACACAGUACAUCAAAGAGGUGUGGUGGAAGUAAUGGAUUAUUUAAGAAAAGAAGUAGAUAAUAAAAAAGUGGAGAAUAUUGGAUUCUUAAUGCCAUGUCAUUCCACUCCAUUUUAUAGUAAUCUACAUAGAAAUAUUGCCAUGUGGUUUUUAACUUGUGAACCACCAUUAAACAUUUCUUCUCAAGAUUUUGAUCAAUAUAUGGAUGAGUCAGAUCAUUUUUAUGCAAAUCCUUUAGAAUUUAUAAAUACUCAUUUUGAACCUUUGCCUUUGAUAAAUGAUAAUAAUUAUGAUUAUUUGUGGCCAAGUCAUUUAGUGAUUUUUGAAGCAUUAUUACAAGAUUUAGGAACUUUACUGGAAAAAUCAGUUUAUAAUCAAGACUCAAGAAGAAAAGGAGAUGUUAUUGUUUAUUGUAGAAAUGCUGAAUAA